AUGCAGGGCUCCUGGCGCCGUGGGCUUGUUGGUGCACUGGCACUGACUGGCGCCGCUUUGACAAAGCUACGCCCGGCCCGAGCCGGCCAGUACCCAGUGCAAGGCAGUGAUGACAUCAUGACGCCAAAGAGUCAUGGCUCGACUGACCGGCCAGUGCAGGAGGGUCUUCGAUGGAGUGUCGACUGGAACACCGCAGACAGGAUCUGCAGCUUCAAUCGCCACUUCGCAGAGUAUGCCGGCUACUGGCGCUCGACAGCCUUUCUCAAAGAAGCCAACCGUGAGGGCGAGACCUUCUAUGACUCCGUGACUGGUAAACCACUCUUCAUGGCUCCGAGGGGCAGGACCUGGGAGGAGUUUGAGAAGGAGUCCCUUUCCCAUGGCUGGCCUUCCUUCCGCGAUGAGGAGGUUGUCUGGGAGAAUGUUCGCUGCUUGCCUGGUGGCGAGUGCGUCUCAGUGGAUGGGACCCACCUCGGUCACAACAUCCCAGAUUUCAACGGCAACCGCUACUGCAUCAACCUGGUAUCGGUUGCUGGGAAGCCACGGCUGAUCGGCUAA